AUGGCCUCUGUUAUUGUCGUUGAAAACGAGAUCAAAGACUCUGUCGAGGAGUUCUCGCAGAUCGUCAACACGGUCCAGCAGAACACAGACUUUUCUGAGUCCAUCAAGCCGUUUUUCAAUCUUGCCGGCCACAUCACAGAUAAAGCCGGAUUGGCCAAGCAGAUCUGGUCGGUGGCCAAGCCUGAGGUGUUGUCGAAGUUGCCAGACAGAGAGUUUGAGCCAGUGUUCUAUUUGCUCGCGUACCUUACGUCUGAGUUGGAGCAGAAGUCGUUUGAGACUCUUUUGCAGAAGGAUGCGCCAUUGGUGUCGCUUUUAAUUGCUUCCACGCCUGAGGAGAAGCCUUCGUUGAGAGACAGAAGAUCGCUUAAGCCCACGACGGUGUUGUCGGUGUUGAACACGUUCUUCAACUUCUUGCCUGCUUCGUCUCCUACGAGGAUCUACUUUAUUGAGUUGAUCUUGAAGAUCGUCACUGACACUGACAUCGACUUUGCAUUGAUACAGACCUCCAUUGGCGCCCACUUGGUGCUGUGGUUGGCUGCCGCCGGCGCUCCAGAAACCCAGAUCAAGAGCCUUUUCUGGCAGUUCAUCUCUUUGGACAAGCAGUACACGUUAGAGUCCUUGUACUUGAUCAAGAAGUUCACUUCCCAGUUUUCUCUUACUUUGGAGGAAUUGCACACCAUGAUCGGGUUCGCCUUGGCUUCUCCAGUGGUGGAUGUCACCUUCUUGGUCAACAACAACGUUGCCCAGGCAUUGCAACAAAACGGCUCCGACGAGCAGGUCAGCAUUUUCGACAAAUACACCAAGGGCGAGCUCAUCAGCUCUGUUCCUCUGUCUGUUUCUGACAAUGUCAUUGAUAAGUCCAAGGUUUUGGCCUUGACGAGGUUCUUUGUCGAGAGCGACAAUGCCGGCAAGAACGCCUUCAAGUACAGCGAUAUCCCAAGCGAAUUAGCAUCAUCUCAGGAGCAGUUUGAGAAGUUGUUGAUUGACUCCAUCAAGGCUGGCGUUAUUGAAGGUAAGAUGAACCAGGUUGACCAGACUUUCAACUUGGUCAGAGCCAACAGAAUUGUGCUUGCAGGAGACAAGCAGCAGCUUGCACAGGAUUUAAACACCGUCAAGAAGUCAUUGCUCGAAUGGAGACACUCGUUGGAUAACAUAAACGAGAUUGUUAGAGAUGCCAAGGACAACAUUGUCAACAACAACUCUGGUAACUAA